CAAAAUCGGAAAGUCAUUCCAAAUCUGCUCAUUUUAGGUUUGGCGACGAUCAAGAUAUAAGUGGUCUUCAAAUUGUAAAAACUUUUGGUUUAUUCAGAUGAAGCUCGUACAAAUUAUUUUGACUUGUUGGGUGGUUAUCGGCGUUCAAGUUAUAGGCUUUGAAUUUUCCCACGAUAAAUACGCAAUUGUUCUAACAAAUAACUAUCCCAGAGGAGGUAUUGGUAAAAUUACAGUCGAUGACGCCCGAGAUGGAACGGAGUACAGUAUCGAUACGCAAUAUUUCAGAAUCGAUCCAGAUACAGGACACCUUGAGUUGCUCGAAGACGGUAAUAAUUUGGAUGGGUUAGAAUUUGAAAUCACCGCAGAACACUUGAGCAAAGUAGCCACAACAGAAGUAAAGAUUUUUGUUUUGCCCUCGCACUAUGGGGACCAGUUUGCAUUCGAUGCUAUAAACAAAGUCCACAAGGAGCUUGGAAAAGAUAAAAGAAUUCCACUCCCGCCAGCUUUUGUUCCAGCAGCUUUGGAUAUUUUGUUGCAACAAAUAGCUGAAGGUGAUCCAGUUUACGAAAUUUCGGAAGCUGAGGCUAUCCUCGAAAAAACGAUUGAUUUAGUCCACGAAAUUAUCAUUGAAAAAACUGAAAAAAAGGAAGACUUUGAAAAAGGUGCUGUUCUUGCUUUUCUACAAAUACAUGAACUUUUCUCGAGAACGAUCAUUACAAGUUUAGAGAAAGAGGCGAACUGCGCAAUCGCCACGACACCUGUGACUUGCCUGAAGAAAGCGAAAUACCGCCGUUUGGACGGGAAAUGCAGCAACCUCAAACUGCCUGUAUCUGGAGGAGCGGGAAUACAGUUGGAGCGGCUAUUGCCUGCGAUUUAUUAUGAUGCAGACGGCUUAAACGAUCCUUUCGGUUUUCCUAAUCAACCUGAUGCGCCUCUACUCCCCUCGCCCUUUGAAGUAACUGAUAACUACAUAAAAGAUGAAGUAGCCAACUCAACGGAUCCUGAACUAACACCACUAAUGAUGCAGUUUGGUCAGUUUAUGGAUCAUGAUUUGACUCUUUCUGCUGAAGAAGUGGGAGCUGAGAAAUGCCUGGCAAAAACCUGUGAUGGUUCGGAAGAUAACUACGAUGCGCCAUGUUAUCCAAUCCAGCCAUUAGGUAAUCACCCUUGUAUAAAGCUGGUAAGAUCUGCAGCAAUGUGUCAACAAAACGAUUACCCGAAGCAUAGAGAACAGAUCAACGACGUAACAGGCGUGAUCGAUGGUAGCCAGAUUUAUGGAUCAUCCAAGGCGACAAGUGACGACUUAAGAGACAAAAGAAGCUUGUGGAUUGAAAUCGAGGGACCUCGCAUGAAAAAAAUUGACACUGGCAUGAGAAGUGCGGUGUUCGCAAUUGGAAGAGAUGGCAAGACAUACCGUUUAAGGGUAGACAAAAUUUGGGUGGAGACAGAAUUUGAUCUGAAACAUGUCAGUGUCGGAGGGGCAGGUAUAUGGGGCGUGGAUAAAGAUAAGAAUGCCGUGCGACAUGGAAAGGAUGGCUUCGAAGUAAUUCCUGGGAUUAAACUUCAGCAAAUCGAUUCAGGGCCUGAAGGAGUGGUUCUUGGAGUAACGUUAGGAAACGACGUUGUCUGCCGUUCGGGAAUAGUACCGUUUAAAGUUUUUGGAACAAAUUGGAAAAGAAUGAGUGUUCCCAAAUCGAAAUACAUCAGUUGUGGGCGACUGGGAUGCUGGGGAGUUGCCUUUCAAUGGUUCUGUUUACCAUCUUGA